AUGCAAGAUGGUCCGACACCAGCAAAAAAGAGAGUUACAAGGAGACAGAUUGCCAAUGAGGAGAAAGCAACAGCAAUAAUCAUAGACUCAUCUUCUUCAUCUUCAGAUGAUGACGAUGAUGAAGAGGAAGUAAUAGAGACAGAUAAAAAUAAAAAGAAGAAGAAUAAUAAUAAUAAAAACAAGACACCUCCUCGUCCUCCUCCAUCUAAAGUUAUAUCAAUAGAAGACGAUUCACAAUCAAGUAGUCAAGAAGAAUCAGAAGUAUCAGAAUCUGAAUCAGAAUCAUCAGAUUCAUCUGAUAUAGACAUGUCAUCGGGUGAAGAAUAUCAACCUUCAUCAAAGAAGAAAAAGGGACCUAGUAGUAGUAGAAUAUCAACACCUCCUCCUAAACCAGCCAAACAAUCUGCAAGGAAAACUCCUGCUUCUUCAAAAAAAGCAGCUCCUACUACAAAAUCGCCAUCACCAACAACAUCACCAACCAAUAACAAUAAUAAUAAUGAUAAUAAUGAUAAUAAUAAUAAUAAUGAUAAUAAUGAUCAACCAAAACCAAGAACUAUAAUUGAUGUAAUUAGGGAUAUAUUUACAAAGGCACAAAAAGCAACUACCUAUCAUUCAUCACAAAAGAAAUUGAUUCUAGAAAUGGAUAAACGAUUGACAUAUGAAAAUAGAGAACAACGAUAUAAAGAGAUGGUGACAUUGAUUGACAGCUCAUUGGUCCUUGAUGGUUCACCUAGUGUUGCCGUAUUCUUUUCCUUUAUCGCUGAUUUGGCUCAAGAACUGUACAAACUAGACGAGGCACGAGAGGAAAAGGAUAUACUGUUUGAUUUUGAGGUGCAUUCAUUCACUCAUAUCUUAUUGCGUCGAUUAAUUAUUUCAAUGGAAUCAAAGGACAAAACUGUCAGAUAUCGUUCAUGUCAAUUGGUCAAAACUAUUUUAUGUGUUUUUGGCAAAGCAGAGUUACAAAUCGACGAAAACUUAUACGAUGCACUUACAAAAUCAGCUGUCCGUCGUCUCAAUGAUAAAUCACCAUUGGUAAGAAAAGAAGCUGUUGGUGCAUCUGUCAAAAUCCAAUUUCCAAGAGAAAAUGAUCCAAUCACUCGAAAGUUUCUUUCCAUUCUCUCUUUUGAUCCAUCAGAAAUGGUUAGAUCAGAAGUAUUAGAGACAAUGAAUAUAUCAAAGGGAAUAUUACCACCGAUUUUAGAAAGAACUAUGGACAAGGAUAAAACGGUUAGAGAAAAUGUUUUUAAAUUUUUGGGAGUCAAAUGCAAGUUGAAGCUAAUCGCAUCUGCCAAUGAUCGAAUUACAAUUAUACAUCGUGGAUUAAGAGACAAGGAAACAAAGGUUAAAGAGUCUUGUAAAAAUACUUUAUUGAGAUGGUUGGAACCUAAAGAAGAAAAGGAAAAGGAAAAAGAAAAAGAAAAAGAAAUAGACAAACCUGAUGAAAAUGGAAAUCAAGAUGGUCAAUCGGAAAACAAUACUUUACAAGGUCCAAAAGAAAAUUACUUUGAAUCGUUUUUAAAACUUUUAGAUGUAGAGAAUCAUCAAGAACAAUGUGAAAAUGUAAUUCGUACAUUGUUUGAUCUUAAAAAGUUUUCUUUAUGUAAAUUUAUCGAGAUUGCAGAACAAAAAGAUCAAUUAACACCCGAAAUUAUAUUCUCUUGGAGAGUUUAUAUGGAUUAUUUAUUUGAACAAGAUGAAAAGGCAGAACACAAAGAUGAAGAAUAUGAAUAUAAAAUUGAUAAAAUCAUGCCAAGUGGAAAAUUAUUUUGGGAAUUAUUAGAAUCUUAUCAAAACAAACAUUUUAUAUUUGGUCAACUUUGUUUGAUUCUUUGUCAUGCUGAUAUUGAAGAUUUAAAACUUUCAAAAUUUGAAGAAUUAUUUAGAAAUGUAUUAACAUCAUUUGAAUAUGAAUUAAAAGAUAAAAGAAUAUUAUUACAAGCACUUAGAAAAAUUUAUACUGGUAGAGAAUCAAUUUGGAGAGAAGAAAUGGUUAUUUAUAUAAUAUCAAACAUUAGAGAUGAAGAAAGACCACCAAAUGUUUCAGAGCCAAUGCAACAACUUCAUAUUUUAACAGUUUUAACAGAUCUAUUGGAAUAUAGUAAUAUUCCAGAUGAAAUGUUACUUAGUUUUGAAAUUUCAAUUCUCAAAGAUUGGAUUGCAAAUGGUGAUCCACAAGUUAGAAAAAAGGGUGUACGAUGUUUUGGACUACUUUCAAUUUUAGAUGUACAACAUAAACUGGCAGAUAUAGGUUAUGCAUUAUUGUUAAAAAUACUAGAUACUGAUGUGGAAAUUGUAAAAUCAUCUACUCUUAAAACUUGUUUUGAUGUCAUUUUAUCAAAGCCACCAAAAUAUCAUCAAGAAUUCUGUUCCAAAUUCACAAUGGCAAUUCAAAAACAUAACUUUUUCCCCUCCAAUCAAAAACUCCAACUUAAAUGUAUUGAAGGAGUUUGUAAAUUAUUUUUUAAUUCUCAUAUUUUUGAUCAAAAGACAUUUGAUAAAUUACAAAUUCCAUUAUAUACAAAGUUUUCAUCACAAUCACCAUUAAAUCAAAGUAAACAAAUAAUAGAUUUAUUCCUUCGUCACUUUAUCCAUCAAAAAAGAAUUCAUAUGGAAAUGUUUGUUAAAUCUUUUGGUCCUACAUUGGAAUACUUCCUCUCUUAUUAUAGUUGUCAGAAAAGUGAAAGAAAAGAAGUACUUGAAAGAGUUGUAUCAAAGUUUUUAGAUUAUAUUAAACCUACAACAGAAGAUCAGAAAACAAGAAUGAAAGUUAUAAAGAGUUUAAGAGACAAAAUACUUUUGAAUUUAUUAAUGACUAUUUGGAGUCAUUCCAAGAGAAACCAAGAAAACAAGCAAAAGUCAAAGAAUGAUUGUACAGAGUAUUUAUGUUUUUGUCUUCGAUUCUUUAAAGGAUUUCUUCCAGAAGACACUGCCAACUUGCUCAAAGUCAAGCAAUUCAUCAUUGAAAUCAAACCAUUCCCAUUUCCAAAACGUGCAAAGGACGUACUCAAAGAUUUUGAAGAAAGUGUCAACCAAUUUGUCAAUUCUUCUCAUCUGGCCGAAAAAACUGUCGAUCAAGAAGCUAUCAAUGAUGAGCUCUUGCAAUUUGAACAAUAUUUGGAAAAUAAUAGAUCGGAUCUUCCUCCUGAAAUGCCCAAAGACAAUCACGCCAACAACGGUAACGAUGAUCAAGGUCACCAAAAUCAAGGAGAUACAUCAAUGGCACAAGAAGAAAGACCAAGAGUAGAAGUUGAACCGGAACAAAAUGGUCAAGAACCAGUUGAUGACCAAGUUUCUUCACCAAUUAUGAAUGAUCAAGAUGUAUCAGUUGAUCAAGCUGAAGCUCCAAAAACACCAACCAAAUCACCAAAAAGAAAACAAGAUGAUCUUUUUGAUGAUAACGAUUCAACUACUACAACUACUACAACUACUACAACAACAACAACAACAACAAAAGUAUAUCCAUAUGACCAACCAAGUAGAACUUAUGUUCAACCACAACAAAUACAACAACCAAGUCCAUACAAGAAAUCCAAAAACACAAAUGUUCCACAAGAGAAUAUGACAAGUGAAGAAGAGGAACAAGAACAAGAACAAGAACAAGAAGAAGAAGAAGAAGAAGAAACAAAAUCAAAUAAUAAUAAUAAUAAUAAUAACAGAUCUAAUAAGAAUUGUAUGUUGAUAGCUAGGGCAUGUCCAACAUCUGGACUAAUGAAUGCAACACUUGACACAUUAUUACCCCCUCCCUCAUCCUCUCCUCUAUAA